UAUUAGAUCAUUACGACGACUUGGUAUUUCCGUGUUCCUCUGGAUGCACUGCAGCCGGUAUGGGCAUCAGUAACUACCUCACAGGAUCUCGCAUCAGAUGCCACGCUAUUAUUGUCUGCGACCAAACAAAGGCUUAUUUCUAUGACCACAUUGAUCAAACCCGAGUUGAUAUGGGUCUCGCUGACAGUGUGAAAGCCGUGGAAAUAGUAGAUAUGAUUGAGGGGUACCAAGGCAAAGGGUACAAUAUUUCGACAAAGGAAGAGCGUGACUUUGUGGCGUCGGUGGCCGAGACCACUGGCAUAAUGUUAGAUCCGAUAUACACCGGGAAGGCAGCACUCGGGAUGCUUCAGGAACUCCAUGAUAACCCACACAGAUUCAAAGGCAACAGGAUACUGUUUUUACAUACAGGUGGAUUAUUUGGAAUGUACAAUGGUCAACUAAACACAACAAUAGCAGACAGAGAACAGAAGAACAUCAUUAAUAUGUGGACCUCGACAGAGUCAACCUGUACAGAUUGAUCAACUUGGUGAUUAAUCAAACUGAAAGUAUCACAACA